CCCAAAACCAAGGGCCGCGUCCGCGCGAGCCGAGCACCUGGGGACGCGCCGUCUCGUCACGACUCACGAGUGUGUCGCGCUCGGCCGCCACACCAGCCGCAAACCCCCACCCGCGGUUUCGCCCUCCCGCCUGCAGGCUAGAUGCAGCAGCUUGCAGCCUCCCUCCUCGUGCUCCUCUCACGCUCGCAACGCCCAUAAAUACCCAGGUGCUCGCAGCCCACGGAUCAUCAUCAAACGAGACAAGAGUCACAGUUCGAGUCAGAGCUAUCUAACCAAUCCAUCCAUCGAGCAAUUGUUGAUCCGUCUGUGAAUUGUGAUGGCGGCGGCGGAGGGGGAGCAGGGGAAGACGGUGGUGGUGGUCGGGGUGGACGACAGCGAGCACAGCAACUACGCGCUGGAGUGGACGAUGCAGCACCUGGCGAGCGGCAUGGCGGGCAGCGGCGGCGCCGAGCUCGUCAUCGUCCACGCCAAGCCCUCGCCGUCCUCCGUCGUCGGCUUCGGCGCCGGCCCCGGGUCUGGAGAGGUGGUGAGAUACGUGGAGGCCGACCUGCGCAAGACGGCGGAGGAUGUCGUCGAGAAGGCGCGCCGCCUCUGCAUCGCCAACGCGAUGCACGCGUUGAUCGAGGUGAUCGAAGGGGAGCCCAGGUACGUGCUGUGCAACGCGGUGGAGAAGCACAGCGCGGGGUUGCUCGUCGUCGGCAGCCAUGGCUACGGCGCAAUCAAGAGGGCCUUCCUGGGGAGCGUCAGCGACUACUGCGCCCACCACGCGCACUGCUCCGUCAUGAUCGUCAAGCAACCCAAGGCCAAGCGCUCUCGUGCCGAGACCGCGUGAAAAACACCAAAUUUCGGGUGUGAGCUGAGCCGAGCAAUGUGUGUGUGGUUCGCUUGGGUAGCAGCAGCUUCUUGCGUUCUGUACAUGGGAUGAUUUGUAUGUGUUAGUUUCAUAGGUUUUAUCAGUUUAUGUAUCGAAAUGUUUGUGCAUCAGCCUAUGCUUGCAGCCUUGUUAUAUCUUACAGAGGAAGACGUUCGUGUUUUUCGCUGAUAAUACA